AUGGAGCUCGACUGGCUCGCGCAGCACGAGGGGUUGAUCACCGUGCGGAGGCUCGUCGUGCAUCACGGCAGGACGGUGAUCCCGGCGCUGCACGCGAUCGUCCUGGGCGUCAUCGCCGCGAUCGACGCGCUUCGAUCGUCCAUCGCGAAACUCGCGAUGCAAACCGUGGUGGAGAUGACGACGUUUUUGGAUCCGCGCGCGAUGGAGGCGGAGCUCGAUUACUUAGCCCCCGCGCUCGCGAAGAAGAGCGGCGAGACGAACUGGCUCGGCGUCGCCGCGGACGACGCGCUCGCGGGGUUCAUUCGUCACCUCGCGGACACGAGAGUGCUCGCGAGUCUCAUCACCUCGGCGAAGCACAAGAAUCCGACGGUGAGGCUGCGGGUGGCGACGCACGUCGAGGCGUGCUGCGAGGGUGCCGCGGACGGCGCGUUUUACGGUUCCGCGGCGUCGCGGGACCUCCUAGAGAAAACCUUCGCUGCGGUCGUUCCGUUGCUUGAGGAAGGCGCCGCGGAGACGCGCGCGAUGGCGAAACGAGCGGUGUGUCACCUCCAAAGGCACCUGCGCGGCGGCUCUGAGUUUGACAAGCUUCUCAAGGGACUGCCAGAGCGGAAGAAGCAGGCGGUGCGGGACGUGAUCGAGAAGGGCCCGCCGCCGUUGCCUCCGAGGAGCGGCUCCGCGACGCCGCGCGGCGGGCGAUACCCGUCCUCCUCCCUGGGGUCCCCGAUAGGCUCGCCGAAGUCCGCAGGCGGCUUCGGCGGCUUGGACGAGCGCGGAUCCGGGUCGAGCCGCGGGUCUUCUCGCGGGACGAGCCGCGGCGCGGCGGGAUCGUCGCGGAUGUCGAUCGGCGUCGGCGGCGGCGUCGGGGGCGGCGGCGGCGGCGUCGCGGGAGCGCACCUGAAAGAGGCGCUGACCCCCGUCUUCGCGAAGCUCAAGUCGAAAAACUGGCAAGAGCGCGGCGCGGCGAUCGCCGAGCUCGAGGAGGUGAUGACCUCGGCGCCGACUGGCGCCUUUGGCGAAGAGCUCGCCGUCGCCGUCUUCGACGCGCUCGUCCCUCGCCUCGCGGACGGGAACGCGAAAGUCUCCGUGCAAGCGUUCACGAUGCUCGCGGGGGUGUUACCAGUCCUCGGCGACGACGUCACCCCCGCGCUCGGCUCGUUAGUCCCCGCGCUCGCGGCUGGCGUCGGCGGCGCCAACGAGAAGACGCGCGCCGCCGCGACGGCGGCGUCUGACGCGCUCAUCGAAUCGUGCAGCGCGACGUCGCUCGUGCAGCACGUGUCGCAUUCCGUGUGCUUCGGCGUCUCGCGCGCGAAGCCGGUGCUUCUGGAGUACCUCGUCGACCUCGCGGAGGCGGUGUACCCGGCGAGGCCGCAGCUCGUGGUGAAGCACGCGGUGCCGGCGGCGGUGACGUGCCUCGCGAAUGAAAAGAGCGCCGCGAUCAAGGCGGCCAACGCGCGGUUGUUGCGCGCGCUCGCGGGGUGCUUAGGGAAGGAGGCGCUCGCGCAGCACGCGGGGGGAAUAUCCGCCGCGGCGAAGAAGAAGGUGGAGGACGCGCUGAAGGCGAUGUGAUGUGAUGGAUGAUUAGGGUUCAACCGGGUUGAAUUAAGGUUAUUAUAUCAAUAGGGUGUUAAGCGACGACGCGACGCGAAGACGCGUCGUCGAAUGAAAU